AUGGAUGACAAUAGUAUUGACAAAGAGCUAAAGCAGAAAUUAAACUUUUCCUGGUGUGAAGAGGAGAGUGAGAACACGGGGCAGAAGGAAGCCCAAGAAAACGGGGAGGCCCUGAGCCAAAGCCCAGAGGAGUCUGAAGGUCAGGACUCGGAGGCAAAGUUUGCACCUCCCAGAACACCCCUUCGUAACAGACGUGAACUCUCCACAUCUCAGGAGAAAGACAAAGUGGGUCCAGAUGCUGUUUGGGGGAGUCCGGAGUCAGAGUGUCCCAAAUGUCCCAAAACACCAGACCAGCCAGAUGACAGAAGCAAGCUGCCACACUGUGAGAGUCCCUUCACUCCCAAAGGUCUGCUGAGCCAGUCAGUUAUUUCUUCUACGGGGAGGCACCCCUGCCGAGGCUCCAAGCACUUUAGACUCACACCCGUUUCCUUCCGGGACGAAAUGACCUCAUCAGCUCUGGUUAACAUUAAUCCCUUCACCCCAGAGUCCUAUAGAAAACAAUUCCUUCAAUCCAGUGGCAAGAGGAAAAGCCCAGGAGAUCUUGAGGAUGCUGGUCCAGGGGAAGGCAAGGUGGAACAAGGGCUGCCUGCCAAGAGAUGCAUUCUACGAGAAAGCAACAUGACUUCCCGCUAUGAAAAGGAAUUCGUGGAGGUAGAAAAAAUUGGGGUUGGGGAAUUUGGGACAGUCUACAAGUGCAUUAAGAGGCUGGAUGGAUGUGUUUAUGCAGUAAAACGCUCCAUGAAACCGUUUGCAGAAUUAUCAAAUGAGAAUUCGGCUUUGCAUGAAGUUUAUGCUCACGCAGUGCUCGGCCAUCACCCCCACGUGGUACGUUACUACUCUGCGUGGGUGGAAGAUGACCGCCUGGUCAUUCAGAAUGAAUACUGCAAUGGUGGGAGCUUGCAGGCUGUUAUAUCUGAAAACACAAAGUCUGGCCGUCAUUUCGAAGAGCCAAGACUCAAGGACAUCCUUCUGCAGGUUUCCCUCGGGCUGAAGUACAUCCACCUGUCGGGCAUGGCACACCUGGACAUCAAACCCAGUAACAUCUUCAUUUGUCACAAGAUGCAAAGUGCCUUUCCUGAAGUCGCAGAAGAGAUAGAAAAUGAAGUGGAUUGGUUUCUCUCUGUUAAUGUGAUAUACAAAAUUGGUGACUUGGGUCUUGCGACAUCAAUAAGCAAACCCAAAGUGGAAGAGGGAGAUAUACACUUCCUGGCUAAAGAGAUUUUGCAAGAGGAUUAUCGGCAUCUCCCCAAAGCAGACAUAUUUGCUUUGGGAUUAACAAUUGCAAUGGCGGCCGGAGCAAAGUCCUUACCCAGCAAUGGGGCCAUGUGGCAUCACAUCCGGGAGGGUCACCUUCCCCACUUUCCUCAGGAGCUCUCAGAAGAACUUUACAGUCUACUCAAGAACAUGAUCCACCCUGACCCAGGGGAGAGACCUUCUGCCACUGUUCUGGCCAGAAGCCAAGUUCUCCGUCGCUCCCUGGGGAAAACAGAAGAGCUCCAGCAGCAGCUUCUCUUGGAAAGGAUGAAGACAGCUGCACUGGAAAGGGAACUGAGAGGAGCCCAAUAGGCCCAGUCCCCCAAGGAAGGCUAUAGUGAGCCUGGGGUCUCUGGGACCCCCACAGGAUCAAGAGGCAUCAAACACCUGGUGGGAGGAAAGAGUGUAAAGUCUUCAAGCUUCACCUGUGGGAUGUCUUCCCCAUAAGAACUCAUUUCACAUCAACCCACAUUUUACCUUAUAGCUUCCAGAAAUAGAUUUUGAUUGCGUCAAACUUCCUCUUGUAAAUGGAAAGAUUAAGCAACCUGAAUGCCCAAAGAUUUCAAAAGCUACUCCUAAUUUAGCAUUUACAGCCAAAACCCUAAAGCUAUUAAGGUGGCCUAUCAGCAGUCCCAGGUGCAGUAAUCAGUAGCCAUUUCUCUUCUCUACCAUUAAAUUCCUAGCACUGCCUAUCAGUAGAUCACUUCUCACACUCUUUGUGCACAACGGGAAAGCACGGGCUUCUGACCUGAAAGAAGACAAGGAGCUAGCCCUCGAUGCAACAUAGGGCCUAAGAGGUUGCUCUAGCUAAUUACCUAUGAAGGAUCCCAGUGACUCCCUGCACAUAAAAAAGUACACAAUUUUGUUCUGAGUUGAGGUAACAGCUUACAAGAAAAUGCGCCUGGAUUUCAACAAUGUUUCCCAGGUUAUAUGAUGGUAUUCCUAGAAGAAUUCUCAGCAACUUUGAGUAGUUUUUAUACCGUAUUCUCUGAAUGGAGAUAAUCCCUUCCUCUGAUGUUGUAUUUAUUAAAUAGAAAUGACUUCACCAUUAUGUGAGGGGGCUAGAAAUAAGACUAUACAUAACUUGAAAUUUCUAAGCUGGCUCUUAAUUUACGGAACAGAAACACUGGUAGCGGGUGUGACGGAAAUUUGAUGUGGUUGUUCUCCUUCAGUCUAUUUGCCUUGACCCUCUUGUAACUGUUAUGUGUGGUUUUAAUUUUCUGUCACCAAAUUUCUCCUUGAUUUUAUCAGAAUUUGGCUU